AUGGCUGGCCUGGUCCCCGAGGAGCAAAGCGAAGAUGCAGGCAUUUUCCAGAAGCUUUUCGCUCUGAUUGACUCAGGGAAAGAGGCGGGCAGGGCGGGAUCAGACAGUGGAAGUCCGAACAUUGCGGAUGAAGCAGCCGGAACAACACCUUUGCUGAUUGCAACAAGGGAAGGCAAAACGGAGAUCGUCCAAGCAUUGAUGGGCAAGAGAGCAGAUCUGAUGAUGGCGGAUCUGGAUGGCGACAACCCGUUGAUGGUGAAGAGCUUUCUGCAUGCAGAUCGAGGCUGGCUCAACAUCUUGCAUGGCCCGCUGACUGGCGUCGACGUGGAUGUGCCGAACAAAAUUGGCCAAACUCCGUUGAUGAAAGUCGGCUGCCCGGAACUUGAUGGCUGUCCGCAGCGGGCGAUGCUUCAGCCCCUGGGCAGGACCAAGUUCGGCAAGACGGCACUCAUGCAGGCUGCUGAGAAGAACAGCCUGGAAUCUGUAAGGGCACUGUUGAAUGCUGGCGCAGACAUUGCCAUGGCGGACGACAGGGGCUUCACUGCAUUGAGUCUUGCUGUCAAUCGCAUUCUCUUGUGGUACAAGUUCCCGGCGGCUUUCCGCUGCGAAGUGCCCAUGCUGGAGUUGCUGCUGUCUUCCAAAGCAGACGUCACCACAAAAGCAAAGCCGGGAACGGCGCUCAUGAUGGCAGUGGAGUCGCCUUCUUUCAAGCCGGAUGCCAUGACACUGCUUUUGAAACAUGGCUGCCCUCUUGACGAAGUGGCUUCGGACGGGGACACUGCCUUGAUGAAGGCGGUGGAGGAAGCGAACGCAAGACCCUUACCGAGAUGGUUGCAGCAUUACAACGUCGCGCACAGAGAGCUUAUCCUGCCGACAGGCCUUUAG